GGUGACAGCAGUCCCGCGCGCCACUUCACACCCUCCCCGGAGGCGGCCAUCUACACCAAGUCAAUCUCAAGCCGUCCACCUCGCCCAUCGUGGGCCUGCCUAUCGAAACUUACACAGCAAAUCGCGACACCUCGUUGCGCCACACUGCGGGCGCAUCAUAUUGCUGUGGCCGUCAGAACAAGGAGAGAGCUGCAGCACCUGUGCGAGCCGUCCUUCGGUGCGUGACUUGUAGCAGGGUGCACCGCUUUCCUCAUUCCACCCAAACAGACGCGGCCCAUAUCUCCACGGCGUAGAGAAGGGGCGGCCCCUGGAGAUACUUGCAAUGGCCGGAACCGGGUCGCCGUUCAUCAAACCCGAACCUCACGAUUUCUCCUUCAACCCAGAUCAAUAUGCUCAGUUCAACCAAGGCCAGAACUUCGAUCUGUCCGGGGGUAGCAUGAACAUCAACCCUGCGAAUCUGACCACCAACAACUUCUCCCAGAACUUCAGCACUUCGAACGCGGCCAUCGCAGAUGAUGAGCUCUUGGACCUGGACUUCGACCAUGGACAACCGCAGGGCAACAAUUUCGAUUUCGCUCAGAGCAUGCAGAACUUACUGAAUCAGCGAGCGAUGCAGCAACAGAACAACGCCAUGUUCUCCCAUACCCCCGAAGGCGCACCAAUCCAGUCGCCCUUCACGAACGACUUCAACUACAACCAGUUCCGCCCCGCAGCUGGCCAACAAUUCGGUGCGCACAGCAUGCCGCAGCAAGUCUUCCGCCAACAGAUGAUCCGCAAGGUGUCAGACUCGCGCUCUCCCGCCACACCCAACAUCACCCGACUGCAAGUGUCCGAUGAGUAUCCGCAUCCGGGCAUGCAGCAGAUACAACAUCACCGGCAGAAGGGUUCCAUGGGCAACGGCUGGGACAGUACGUCGAGCCACCACAGCUGGAACGAAGCCUCACCCUUCCCGUCGCCGGGCAACGCGCAUCCGAUGCACAAUCAAAUCACCGAGGUCCUGAAGACGCACCCUCAGCACCACAAAGUCGCUUCCUCUCUGCCAACUAAGAUGGAGGGCGGCGCGAACCCGGGGGUGCAUGCGCAAGAGGCCAAACGACGCAGACGGCGCGAGUCACAUAACAUGGUCGAGAGGCGGCGCCGAGACAACAUCAACGAGCGCAUCCAGGAGCUGGGCACGCUGGUGCCAGGGCACAGGCUCGAAGAUGAAAAGGUGCGUAAGCACCUGCAAACGAACGCCCCUCUAUCCCCCUCCAUCACCAAUGCCGGCCUGUCUCCUCCCAACGCUGCCACGUCUCUCCUGGCUGGGCCGCAGGCGCGACGAGCCACGAGCGGCAACAUCACACAAGGCUUGCCCGUGGAUGAGAAAGACAAGGGCCCCAACAAGGGCGACAUCCUCAACGGCUCCGUGGCCUGGGUGCGUGAUAUGAUGUGGUACCUCGAGAAGAAGAUCGACCAAGAGCAGCAAUUGAAACAGCUGCUUCAGCAGUCGGGCACCCCUUGGCCGUUCGAGACCAACGAAGAGGAAAGAAGGAUGCUGCACGAAAUCACCGAGAUCCUCAACAAGCACAAUGACCACGACUCCUUCGACACCUACUCCCGCGCCCCCGGUUCCGGCCUGCGGGUGCCAGGCUUCACCAACGUUGCCGGCGACAGUAUUUCCGCGGACGCCCCAGUUGCCACGAGCUCUCACACCAGUCAGCAGCAGACGGUCAGUCCGGGAUUCCAGCCCGGAGGCAGCGGGAUGAGCAGCGGUCAGAUGUCUCACAACCCGUUCUGGGACGAGGAGUUCAAGGAGGAAGACGAGGAUUUCAUGGACGAGAUGCAAUAGCAUGGCAACCCUUCCAUGCUACGCCGAAUGAUUUGAUGAGCAUUUCGUCGCCAUCUACCCUUCACUCGGACUAGCCCGCUAGGCCUGGGAAACGUGUUACUUCGCAUCAUCGGGCAUACCUCGCGGGAGGCAUCAUACCGCCACCGUCACUACCGUCAUGGGUGUAUGGCUGCACCUCGUCCCAAUGACCGCGAUCCGAA